AUGAGUAUGUUGGCAAAAAAUAUUAUAAACGUAAUAGUUCUACAAACACUUUGGUCGCCUUAUUUGCUAGUAACAACAGUAAAACAAAUUGCCACGCGCAACCCAUCGCACUCAGAUUUUCGAAGUCAGAAAAUUCAUACAUCAACUAAACCAUAUUAUGACCUACGACGCAAGGAUGGGGCUGAACCAACCCAAAAAAAGGGACCAGAAAAGACAAAACCACGUACUACAGUUGGAAUAUUUUCGUUAUAUGAGGAGUGUGAUUAUUUAGCAAGACCUUGUCUUCAUAGUCACAGAACAGGCAAACUUUGUGCCAAAUCUCAGUAUUCAGUAUACCAAACCUUUAGAAAUUAUUGUAUGUUAGAAUUUGUGAAUUGUAGAGAGGGUUACGACAUAUGGUUUCCUGUUUAUAUGGGCGCGUGUAUAGAAAUAGCGACAAUAGAUGAAUACAUGCACUAUCCAUACAAGGACGAUUUUUUCUUAGACAAUAUGGUCAUUAGAGAAAUGUGA